AUGGUAGAUAAUAGUGCAAAAACACCAUUUUUGGCAGUAUUUUAUACUCCUACAUGUAUUGGUUGCGAAAAUGUUGAAGAAACUUAUGAAUCUCUAGAUAUAACAAAGAAAAAGAACGGAUUACCAAGUAUGCUCAUAAAUUGCCGCAAUGUUACUAUUUGUAAAUCACUUGAACUCGAAACCAUUCCAAUAGGUUUUUUAAUUGAUACUCCUAAAAGAAGAUAUUGGAAAAAGAUAUUAAAAUUAGAUCAUGAUACAAUAACACAAACAGUAUUGCAGUAUUCACGCUUAAAUAUUCAUCGUUCAUCUCAAAUAUUAAAUAAUUCUAAAGAAUUCACUUCAUAUCAUUUAGUUUCACAGUCUGAAUCAGAUAGUCUGCUUAAAACAGUUAGAAGAGCUGCUAAAUAUUCUGCAAAAAACAAUGAAUUUUCAUAUGAAAUUAAUAAUUCUAUCGAAAAAUCAACGUUAACUGCUUAUGUUGGAAAUGGAAUUUGCAAUAUAUCAACAAGUGAUAAUUCAAUUGUUAAUCAAUUCAUCAAAAGGACGCAAUUUUCUCCUUUUCAUUUUUAUAAUGACGAAGAAAUUAAUGAAGUUAGCACAAAAGGCAUAGUUUUAAUAUAUCUAGCAGAUAGUAAUAGAUAUUUUGUAGAUGAAUUUGUUUAUAAACUUCAAAAAGAAAAUUGCGACAAAUUAAUUUUUGGAUUUUCAACUCCAAAAUUAUCCCCAAAUUUGCUGAUGCUCUCCAAUGUGAAAUCUUCAGAAGUUCCAUUCAUGAUCUCUCUCUUCGGUCAGUGCAUGAAAAUAUAUAAAGGAAGAUUUUUCGAAAAAGAUGCAAACGAUUUUAUUAAUUCUGUCUUUUUGAAUUCAGACUGCGGAAAAACUUUUGGAGAAAGAGCUGCAAUAAAGCCACUUAUACACUCUGAAAGUGUAAAGACUGAAAGCAGCAAUAGCUUGGCUCGCUAUCCAUUUGAAGCUAUUUUGUUUGUAUUGUUGACUCUAAUUUAUAUUGGUUUCCAAAAAUAUAGAAUUUGA